AUGAUUCCGCUGCGAUCUUCAAGUCAUAAGGCUUUAAUGGCGGAAUAUGAUAAUAAUUCACGACGCUAUGACGACGACGAGCUGUACUCGAAGCCACCGAUUCGCGCACUGAGGCAGCGACUAGUACGUGAUGCAAGCAGGUUCGUUGGACAGCAACGGAUAAACUGUCUUCUUGAAGGCGCAUGGUUCAAGAAUGUUAAGGAGAGCAGGAAUAAACUCAGUGGAUACAAGUACUUAAGACUUUCCCCGAAUAGGCGACAUCUUCACUAUAUUGACGCAUUGGAGACUUGCGAUACACCAGAUGGCCUUGAUAGUAUUCCAGAUUUCAUUAAUUUGGAUUCAAUCACAUCCGUUCAGUCCAAACUCGCUGGAUCAUCCACAGCUAGCCUCACCUCGACGAUAAACAUCCUCACUUUCGUUUCUAAGCAGGCUGUCGUCGCUGAGCUUAUCCCAGUUACUGCUUCCCAAUACUCGGAAUGGUACGAUGGUUUGCGCUAUAUCCUCGACGAAUCCUCGUCUAUGACGGGCCAGUCGAGUGAUUUGGUAAAUACGCUCACAGAUCUCGGCGUAAAGAUCAAGCUUCUCGAUCUCGCUGGUGAGAAUAUGGAUAUACCAAACAACAUCCCAACGCCUCCUCCGCCACGCGACACAAACUUUUUCUUUGCAGACAGUUGA